AUGCUUAUGGAUGAGUAUGAGGAAAACAAGGACAUGUGUCCGAUCUGUAAAACAGAUCGAUACCUGUCGCCAGAUGUGAAGUUUCUAGUGAAUCCUGAGUGCUACCACAGGAUCUGUGAGUCAUGCGUGGACCGAAUAUUUAGUCUGGGUCCUGCCCAGUGUCCGUAUAAAGGGUGUGACAAGAUCCUUAGAAAGAAUAAAUUCAAGACUCAGAUAUUCGAUGAUGUGGAGGUCGAGAAAGAGGUCGACAUCAGGAAAAGAGUGUUCAAUGUAUUCAACAAAACCAUGGACGAUUUUAAUGGAGACCUUGCUGAAUUUAACAAGUAUUUGGAAGAGGUGGAAGACAUUAUAUACAAACUAGAUCAUGGGAUUGAUGUGGUGAAGACUGAAGAGAAGCUACGUACUUACGAAGAGUUGAACAAGCAGCUGAUCAUGAAUAAUUUGGAGAGAAGCAAAACCGAGAUGGAAAGUUUUGAGCAAAGACAAAAAUUUGAAAAGGAAAUGAAGUUGAAAAAACGACUGUUGGAAAGGCAAAUCGAGGAGGAGGAAAGGAUGAACAAGGAGUGGGCCAAGAAGGAAAUUGUCAACAGGCUGAGUACGUCCACACAGGACGUUAACGAAACGAUCGAGGGCGUCAAGAAUACGGUCAAGUUGAAAAAAUCUUCCGCCAGAAGGAAACUGGAAGAACUAAACAGGGUGCUCAAGAACAACCCGUACUUCAAUUCAAACAUGAACGUGCAGAACUCGAGACUCAAAGACGCCGUACCAUUCACGCCGUUUAACGGUGAUAGAGACAUACACCCAAGGUUCAACUUGAAGGGGUCAGUGUACAACGACCCGUUCAUCAAGGACCUCGAGCACAGGAAGGAGUUUGUUGCGUCCGGGUUCAACACUAACUACGCGUACGAAAGGGUUUUGACGGAGGCAUUCAUGGGUCUUGGAUGUGUUAUAUCCGAAGAACUCUAA